AUGGUAGCUCAGGCUGGGAAUUUUAGCGCGGUAGGUUGGGUCUGGAAUAGUGUUGCCUCCUUCUGUGUUAGGGGCAGCAAUUCUGAGUUUUUGUGGCAGGAACUGAGUGAUAAUAUUCAGCAUAUCGUCCCUUUGGCUAAUGUUGUGGAUGCCUUUGCAUGGAACUGCAACGCGGAAGGCGUGUUCAUAGUUAAGUCCUGUUAUGACUGGUUUAAACCAGAGCUGUCUGACCCUACAAUUAGCGCCAUUAUCGCCAAAGCUGCUGCAUUUUUAUGGAAGAUUAAAGCUCCUCCAAAAAUACUUUUCUUCGGGUGGAAGGUGAUUCAUAAUAUACUCGCAACUAAGGAUCAAUUAAUAAAUAGUGGAAUGUUUUUAGACCCUUGUGAUCAUCUUUGUGUCUUUUGUUUGAUGGAGGUUGAAUGCUUACCGCAUAUAUUAGGGGGCUGCAGUGUUGUUUCUAACAUUUGGAGGAAAGUUUAUGAGUUGAUUGGUUCGUUUGAUGAUUUAACUUUGGAGGAGUUUGAGGGGUUUUUUAGUAUUGCGGAGAAGCUGAAGAAUAAAGAAAAGAAUAUUGUGGUCUCGGUCAUUUGGUUGGCAACAGCGUGGUGUAUUUGGAAUAGAAGGAACACAAUCAUUUUUAUUAAUGACUCUUUAAGUUUCAGAGAAUGCAUGUCAGAGGUUAUUUUUAGUUCUUGGUCGUGGCUUCUCUCUUAUUAUAAGUUAAGGGAUCUUUGUAACUUCCACACCUGA